AUGAUGGACAGGGAUAUGUCGGCAAUGUCAUUUCAAACUUUUCAGAAAGAUCCUCUUUCUGUAUCACGAGAAAGGGAUCUUGCCAACGGAGUUUUCAAGUCAUCUGUUGAUGUUGAUCGCUCUAUGUGGCGUGAAACAGUUUUAAAUCGAAACCCUGAGAUAAAAAGAUUACGCGAAACCGUCAAUCCUCUUCAGCGAGCCAUUGCAUUUUCCAGACAAUAUCUUCCAGAUAAUCGUUUUGUUGAUCCAAAUGUAUUAAUUUCUCUCAUCAGUCAGCAUCUUAGAACUCUCGGUUUAGUUGAAACGCAUUCUUCUCUUCACAAAGAAUGGGAGCAUCAAGUCAGUACUCCUCAUUUACAAGAAUCUGCCUUAGCACUUCUUGCCCAACGUGCGAUUCAAAGAUCCGAGAAGUUUUGGGAGCUUACAGUUCCAUCAUGUCAUAAUGUACCAGGUUUAAAGCAAACACAAGCAGCUCUUGCUUCAGUUGUUUCAACCACGAUCGGAUCCACUCCGAAAUUGCUCGAAGAUACAUCUCCUCUCUCCCAAGAGAAAGAGGGUGAUGAAAACUUCAUCAAAUACGAAAACGGCUUCCCUGUUGAAGCUUCUCUUAACCAACUUAUCUAUUAUUCCACAUCUCGUAAGGAUAGAUACGCCGAGCUCAUGAAUGCCAUGUGCUUGACAAUUAACUCAUACAGCUCCAACAAAGUCUUCUUAAAAAAAAUAUGCGAAAGAACUUUGCAAUGUAAUGACCAAAUGAGUGUUGUCCCAUGCAUGAAACUCAUUUCUGUAUGGAUUAAUGGUGCAGGCAAAGAUCUUGAGCCCGAAAUUCUUGAAAAAAUUAAUCUAUUCUUCGAAGAACACGUACGUCCCAGAUUUCCAACCAUCAACAUUACAUCUAUUCGUGAGAUCAAGAAAACAAACCACCUCCGAGACGGCAAAACCAUUCCUGUCGAGCUCGGAAAUAUCCAAGGUUUAUGGAACGACAACUUCGACAUCAUUGACCUUCCAGCGUCAGAGCUUGCCCGUCAACUUACAGUUUGGAGCUACACCCGCUACUACGCGAUUCAAAGAACAGAACUUCUUGACUGCGCUUGGGAAAAGCCACGUCUUAAACACAGGGCUCCGAACGUUGUAGCCCUUACAACCCACUUCAACCUUGUUUCUCAGUGGGCAGCAAGCAAAAUCAUCGAGUCUAACCUCACAAAGAAGAGGUUGGACACUUUAAGUUAUUUCAUCAACGUAUUGAACAUACUUUACGAUACAAAGAACUACUUAGACGCUAUGGCUAUCCUUGGUGGCCUCGACCAUAACGCCCUCUACAGAAUGAAGGUCCAUUUCUCACUUCUUCCGCAAAGUGAUCGCGAUACUUUGGAAAAAAUACGCGAUAAGUUCUCUCCUGACAAACAGUUCGCCAAAUUGAGAUCAUUAUUCGAUGAGGCCAUUGAAAAUAAGGAGCCUGCACUGCCAUACAUCGGUGUUCUCCUUUCCGACCUUUUCAAAUUUGAUGAUGCAACACAACCUUUCAUCAACGGACUCAUCAAUGUCAGGAAAGUCAUGAAGGUAUACUCAAUGAUCUACAAGAUCGAGUGUUUCUCCAAUUACAAAUACAUGUAUCUGCCAAUCGACCAAGUUCAGGAGAAAUUGAGCAAAUUCGAACCAAUAGAUGAGGAUAAGUUACUCAACAGAUCAUUCGAGGUAGAGCCAGAAAGCGCUCAGACAGAACUCGACCUUUUGAACCAGAACAAUAAGUAG